AUGUUGGCCGAACCUCGCCGCAAGAACAAGAUUAGCAUCGAUCCCCAGAACGUGCUCUGGCGGAACGGUGAUACGAUUGGCAAGAAGUUGAUGAGCAAGAUGGGAUGGACUGAUGGGAAAGGCAUCGGACGCAACGAACAGGGAUCCGCCGAGAACAUCAAGCUCAAUCCCAACUACACAAAUGCCGGUACGUACUCCAAAAUAAUUAUUUUUGGGAAAACAUCAGGACGCAGUUGUAAACGACCGUUUUAUACGUUCAAACUUGUUUCUAUUAAUUUUUUAAUGUUAUGUGGUUACUAAACAAAUCAUUAGUAAAAAAAUAUUUUUAACAGGUUGUAUUUGUAGGUCUGGGUGCCGAUCAUCACAAGAAACAACAGGACAAAUGGAUUGCCGUCCACGACGACUUCGCGGCAUUAUUAAAGGACCUAAAUCAAGGGAAAGAGGUGAAGGAAGACGACGAGGAACAGGCCGAAAAGAUCUCUAUCCAGACCGUUUCCAAAUCAAGCAAAAAACGAAUACAGUAAGUAUUUAAAUAUACAUAGAUAACAUGAGAUAAUUAGGCAUUACUCCUAAACAAAUUAUCAAAUUACUUUCAGCUACAAGUUUACUCGCGGCAAAGACUUGAGUCUGGCUUCUGAAACCGACAAAAAUGCCAUUUUUGGGAACCGAAAAGGGAAAGAAAAGGCAAAGCCAAAGCAAGAAGAAGUUACAGACACCGAGGUUACUGUAAACACGGAACAAUUCACGGAGAAGAACAUCUCAGCCAGCGAUUAUUACGCGGAGAAAAUGAAGAAGUGGGGACAUCUUUUCACAAAGAGCCAGGUCACUGAAGUCGGGCAGGAUACGGUAACCAAGACGGAGAUCUUCGAGGAGACUACAGUAAUCGAACAGGAAUUCAAAAGCGAAAAGAAAAAGAAGAAAAAGCACAGAGAAGUUGAAGAUGUUAAGGAAGAAGUCGAUGAUGAAGUUGUCGACCAGGUAGUGGAAGAGGUUGUGGAAAGGAAAAAGAAGAAGAAAAACAAACAUGUAGUUGAUGUUAAGGAAGAGGCAGGUGAAGAGACAGAAGUCAGUGAAAAGAAGAAAAAAAAAUGAAAAAACAGACACGUUGAGGUUGAGGAUGUUAAGGAAGAGGCCGAUGAAGAACCAACAUCAGAGGUUGGCGAGAAGAAGAAAAAGAAGAAGCGACGUCCUGUAGAAGAAGAACAAGAGACGCAAGAGGUGGAGGUGAAGCCUAAAAAGCACAAAAAGAACCGGAUUACAGAAGAGUAA